AUGGCCACCGCCGACAUCCGCGUCUCCAUCGGGCACCAGACCCGCUUCGCGCUGCGCCUCGCCGCCGCGCUCUCCUCCCCCGCCGCCCCCGCCAGCAACGCCGCCUUCUCCCCGCUCUCCCUCCACAUCGCGCUCAGCCUCCUCGCCGCCGGCGCGGGCGGCGCCACGCGCGACCAGCUCGCCGCCACCCUAGGAGGAGGCGGCGCGCCUUCCGGCGCGGCCGAGGGCCUCCACGCGCUCGCCGAGCAGGUGGUGCAGCUCGUGCUCGCCGACGGGUCCGGCGCCGGCGGCCCGCGCGUCGCCUUCGCCGACGGCGUCUUCGUCGACGCGUCGCUCAAGCUCAAGCCGGCCUUCGAGGAGGUCGCUGUGGGAAAGUACAGGGCCGAUACCCAGUCCGUCGACUUCCAGAAAAAGGCUGCUGAAGCUGCUGGUCAAGUGAACUCAUGGGUAGAAAAAAUUACAUCUGGUCUCAUCAAAGAGAUCCUCCCCCCAGGUUCUGUUGACCACACCACCAGGCUUGUUCUUGGUAAUGCGCUCUAUUUUAAAGGAGCUUGGACUGAGAAGUUUGAUGCAUCUAAAACAAAAGAUAGUGAGUUCCACCUUCUUGAUGGGAGCUCAGUUCAAGCACCAUUCAUGUCCAGUACAGAAAAGCAAUAUAUUGUGUCUUACAACAACUUAAAGGUGCUUAAACUUCCAUACCAGCAAGGUGGGGACAAGAGGCAAUUCUCCAUGUACAUUCUACUUCCAGAUGCAAGAGAUGGUAUCUGGAGCUUGGCUGAAAAGUUGAGCUCUGAACCAGAGUUCCUGGAGAAGCAUAUCCCAAUGCAGAAGGUUCCAGUUGGACAGUUCAAGGUCCCCAAGUUCAAGAUAUCCUUUGGAUUUGAGGCAUCUAAAUUGCUCAAAGGUCUUGGGCUCCAGCUUCCGUUCAGCGCAGAAGCAGAUCUAUCAGAGUUAGUUGAUUCACCUGAGGGUCGGAACUUGUCUGUUUCGUCCAUAUUCCACAAGUCAUUUGUUGAAGUGAAUGAGGAAGGAACGGAGGCUGCCGCCGCAUCUGCUGCAACAGUUGUGCUCCGGUCAUUCACGAUGCCUCAGGAUUUCGUCGCAGAUCACCCCUUCCUGUUCCUGAUCCGAGAAGACUUGACUGGUGUGGUGCUGUUUGUCGGCCAUGUGGUGAAUCCCCUCCUUGCUCCGUAG